CAUAACAACAAAUUACAAUGGCGCAGGAAAAAAAAAUUGUCGAGGAAGUCUCUGGCUGGCUCAGAGUUUAUGAUGAUGGCUCCAUCGACAGGACAUGGACCGGUCAAUCCGAAGUUAGUUUUAUGGCUGAACCGGCCAUGUCUCGUGAAAAUUAUGUCGACGGAGUUGCUGUUAAGGACAUAGAUACGGAAUCAGGACUUCGAGUCCGUAUCUACUUGCCAGAAAAAAGUGAUACGGAUUCCGAAGCUUUGCCUAUCAUCCUUCAUUUUCACGGAGGUGGCUUUUGCAUUAGCGAAGCGAAUUGGUUUAUGUACUAUGCUGUGUACACUAGACUAGCUCGCAUCUCUGGCUCCAUAAUUGUCUCUGUUUAUCUCCCGAGAGCUCCAGAGCACCGCCUCCCUGCAGCUUGCGAUGAAAGCUACUCUGCACUCCUCUGGCUCCGUUCACUAGCCAGAGGAAACAUGCACGAGCCGUGGCUUAGUGCACACGCAGACUUCACCCGCGUGUUCCUCAUUGGAGACAGCUCGGGUGGGAACCUCGUGCACGAAGUCUUGGCUCAUGCAGGGGCCGAGGAUCUCAGCCCCUUGCGUGUGGCAGGAGCGAUCCCGGUUCAUCCGGGAUUCGUCCGUGCCACAAGAAGCAAAUCUGAGCUGGAGCAGCCACAAUCUCCGUUCUUGACACUAGACAUGCUGGACAAAUUUCUAAAUUUGGCUCUGCCAAUCGGAUCGACAAAGGACCACCCGAUCACGUGCCCAAUGGGGGACGCUGCGCCCCCCAUUGGGAGCCUAAAAAUGCCGCCAAUGAUGCUCUGCGUGGCGGAGACUGAUCUGUUCAUGGACCGUGAAAUGGAAUAUUACGAGGCCGUGAAAAAAGCAAGGAAAGAUGUUGAGCUGUUCUUAAGUGCUGGAGUGAGUCAUUGUUUCUACUUGAACAAAAUUGCAGUCGAUUUAGAUCCUCUAACAUCUACACGAACUGAAGAAUUGAUUGCAGCAAUAACAGAAUUCAUCAAGAGCCACUAAGUUCUGGUUUGUAUUGCAUUGAGAUGCUAUUAUGCGUUUGUGGUAAUGAUUUCGAACUAUUUAUGUACUUGUCUUAUCUAUUGCUUUUUCGAAUCCUUC